ACAGGCCGGCAUGUGUCCAGGCCCUGGCUUCUCUCAGCCUAUCGUGCCCAUCCCCACCCUGUCAGCAGGACUGCCUGCAUCCAGCCCAGGAGAAAUGGAUGACUUCAUCAGUAACCAGUGGGAGACCACCUCCAUUCGACAUGCCUUUAUCAGAAAAGUUUACUUGAUUUUGACAGCGCAGCUUGCUGUCACCUUUGCAGUCGUUGCUGUAUUUACCUUUGUUGAUCCAGUGAAGGAGUUCGUCAUUAAAUUCCCAGCCCUGUACUGGGCUUCUUUUGUUGUGUUCUUUCUGGUGUAUUGUAUUCUCAUCUGCUGCAAAGAGCCAAGGAGGCGUUUCCCAUUGAAUCUGGUGCUGCUGGGAAUAUUUACCGUUGCCUUAUCUUUAAUGGCUGGAUCAGUUUCAAGCUUUUAUGAGACCAAAGCGGUGAUUAUCGCCAUGGGAAUAACAGCGAUAGUAUGCAUCGCAGUAACAGUCUUCUGCUUCCAGACGAAGGUAGACUUCACCUCCUGCAGCGGGUUUCUCUGCAUCGCUUCUGUUUUGCUCAUGAUCAUUGGGAUCGUUACAGCCAUCGUGCUCUCCUUCCAAUAUGUCCCCUGGCUGCACAUGCUGUAUGCUGCAAUCGGAGCUGUCGUUUACACUCUGUUUUUAGUGUACAACACCCAGCUUCUUAUUGGGAAUCGAGAGUUGGCCAUCAGCCCAGAGGAGUACAUCUAUGGAGCGCUCUCUCUCUACGUCGAUAUUGUUCACAUCUUCCUGUUCAUCCUGCAGAUCAGCGGAGCAGCAACAGAGUAAAGCAAUCAUCCAGCAACGUCUUAACAUCAGUGAAGUCUUGAUGUACAGAGUGUUUUUGGCAAAGGUCUCACAAUUACCGAUGUGAACAGAUAAAAAAAACAAACUUUGUGUGAAAACUUUUCACAACAUACAUAAACUUUAGUGUAGUUUCAUUCAUGUCAGUGAACACUGAAAAACUUUGAUGCUCUCCUUGGGGCGGGGCUGCAGAUCGGAGGCUUUUAAUCCCAAAAGACUGUGGGUCAUGGAAGGCACUGAUUUGCUUUAUUUUAUCAUUUUUUAUUUUAUGUGUAUAUAAGCUAACUUCGAAUCCAAUCAAAAAUUAUUUUCUCAACUUUUUUUUUUUUAUUUCCAACAAAU